CAUGCAUGAGCAAGAAGCAGCUGGGGGCUUGAAGGGCCAUUUAGAGGAGAACGAGAGUGAAUGAGUGAACGAAUGCUCAACGACUCUUCUCCUGUGUUCAGUAUUCUGGUGGUGCUGCAGUGGCGUAAAAAUAAAUGUACCAUCCAAAAGACUGAGCUAAGUCACCGCUGCCGAAGACAAAGGAAAUUGAAUCCACCUUGGCUAAAGAUGAGGGCAAGCUGGCUUUUGUUGUUUGCAGAGCAUCCACAACGGAAUAGGGUUUUGAUAUACGGGAGGCUUUUUCACAUUUUAGUGCCUGGUUUUAAGGGAUAGUGAUGAACUUCAGCUUCAUCUUAGAGAAAUAAAUACAUAGCUUUGCAUUUGAUUCUCCUAUCCAUAUUUGCACUGAUGGAAAUAGUAUUUCUUACCAAAAUUAAAGAAGCUGCCACUGUCCUGGUUUUUGAUUGUUGGUUGUUGUUUACAAGAAGAAUUGCCACCAUGAAUUUACUAACAUAUGGAAGAUUACAGUAAGAUCUGGCUUAUUUUCCCUGGGAAUUCCCCCCCCCCCAAAAAAAAACCUGGAAUUACAAGGUGCUUAAGUAAACUUUAUAAUUAUGGCUGAAAAAGAGAGGUGAUUGUGCUUAAAAUUUUCUUUAAAGUAUGGUUUUUGAUGAGUUAGUAAAUUCGUAUCUUCUAGAAGUCCUAUGGUUUUUGUUUUUAUUUUUUUAUAUUUUUUGGGAAAAAAUUCACAUCACCCGGAACAUUUUGCGUUUUUUUCUCUCAGAUUUUGCUUUUUAUAUGUGCUGCCCAAGAUCUCUUCAGUACAGGAUGGAUAUUAGGAAGGCAAGGGAGCCCAGUAACAAACGGGUCAAGCCUCUUUCCAGAGUGACAUCACUAGCAAGCUUAAUUCCUCCUGUCCGAACAACUCCCUUGAAGCGAUUUGGACAGACACUCCAGCGUUCUAUCAGUUUUCGUAAUGACAGUCGAACUGAUCUACUUGCAUCACGUUCUUGGAUGAAAAAUGUACCCUCUGCUAGCACCAAGCGACGAGACAGUAAACUCUGGAGUGAGACUUUUGAUGUUUGUGUCAAUCAGAUGCUCACAUCCAAAGAAAUUAAGCGCCAAGAGGCAAUAUUUGAACUUGCACAAGGAGAAGAAGACUUGAUUGAAGACUUAAAGUUAGCAAAGAAGGCGUACCAUGAUCCAAUGCUUAAGCUAUCCAUAAUGUCUGAACAAGAAUUAAACCAAAUUUUUGGAACACUAGAUUCUUUAAUUCCUCUUCACGAAGAUCUUCUUAGGAGACUGAAGGAAACGAGGAAGUCUGAUGGAUCUACAGAAUCAGUUGGUCACAUUCUUGUGAGCUGGCUGCCGUUCUUGAAUUCUUACGAUAGUUACUGCAGCAAUCAAGUGACUGCUAAAGCUUUGUUGGACCAUAAAAAACAGGACCACAGAGUGCAGGACUUCCUACAGCGUUGCCUGGAAUCACCUUUCAGUCGUAAAUUAGAUUUAUGGAAUUUCCUUGAUAUCCCACGCAGCCGUCUGGUGAAAUAUCCACUGCUACUCAGAGAGAUUUUGAGGCACACACCAAAUGAUCAUCCAGAUCAUCAGCACCUUGAAGAAGCUAUGAAUAUUGUUCAAGGCAUAGUAGCAGAAAUCAAUAAAAAGACAGGAGAAUCUGAAUGUCAGUAUUACAAAGAGAGGCUGAUAUAUCUUGAUGAUACCCAAAGGGACUCCCUGAUAGAUGAAUCACGUGUUGUUUGCUGUCACGGUGAACUAAAAAACAACAGGGGAGCGAAAUUUCAUGUCUUUCUUUUCCAAGAAGUGCUAGUAAUUACUCGGGCAAUUCUUCAUAAUGAACAACUCUGCUACCAAAUGUAUCGUCAGCCCAUCCCUGUGAAGGAUCUUAUGCUGGAAGACUUGCAAGAUGGAGAGGUGCGAUUAGGUGGAUCCAUACGUGGUGCAUUCAGCAACAAUGAGAGAAUUAAAAACUUCUUUCGAAUCAGCUUCAAGAAUGGAUCACAAAGCCAAUCCCACUCAUUACAAGCAAAUGAUACUUUCAAUAAACAGCUCUGGCUCAACUCUAUCCGUCAAGCCAAAGAACUGGUUUUACGUGCCUCGGGUGAAAAUGGAGUCCGUGAUUUGGAAGGACCUGUAAUAGCAUCAAGUAGGAACAGCAUAUUCCAGCAAGAAUCCAAGUCUGAACAAAUGGACCAAUCAGACAGUGGAUCUAACUGUAGCAUGGACACUAGUGAAAUCAGCCUUGAGUGUGACCACAUGGGAGAGACAGAUUCAUGGGAGAAUGACAGAGAAUUAGAAAGCAAUGUCUGACAAAAGCUUCAAGAGGCUUUCAGUGUCUCAUAUGUACGUAUUUGCAUUCCAUAUGUGGAGCAAGAAGCACUUUUUAAUAUUUUUGUGACAAUGUCAAUUCAAUUCCUAUUAUAUUUGUACCUAUUGACCAUAAUACUGUUAACUACUGGUAUGUGUGGCAACUGUAGUCUUGUGAUAGUCUGUAAAUGCCUCAGUCGCUGAGACAGGUACUUGGCCAAAUGUUUCACACGUCCUGUUGGUAGACAUGAUUUCUAAACUACCAGUUUUAGACAUAUACCAGGUAUCCCUGUUUAUAAAAUGCCCACAUUUGAUGUUUCAAAUGGCAACUUAACACAAGUUGUCUGCAUGGCAUUUUUAAAGUGUCAAGGUCAGGAAGUUACAUAAAGCAAGGUUUCAAAAAGCCUGAAGUUAAAACUGAGUUACUUAUCACCUGGUGAUUUGACAUAAGUACAUUUCUUGACAUUAAGUACAUCACUUGCAGGGGUGCAGAAGCUAUCACAAGUAGCAUAUUGGACAGUGGAUGGUGUUCAAAAAAUAAUGAGGACUCAAUUGAUGUCCAACCAUUUAUAAAGCAGUGCUAUAUUUUAGGAUAAACUAAAAUACUAAGUCGGCAGGAAUCUUAAAUACAGAUUGAUUUACAUUUUUAGGGCGAAACGUUAAGAUACACAUGUCAACAAUUAACAUGGCUAAUGCAAUAAAAUAAGGUUUCAAAUGCAAGAUAAUCAUUUGAAAAUUAACACUUCAUUAAUAGUGAAAAUCUAAAACUCUAUGAUUGUGCUGAGCAUGGAAACACCAAAAAUGACAACAGAAAUAUAAAUGAACUCACAUUUAUACAGAAUUGUUUUGCUUUGUGUAGCCCUUUCUGAGGUAACAUAUCAGUUUGUAUAUAAAAUGGUGCUCUCGCUUUACAUCUUUGAUUUGUCUUACAUUUUAUAAAUAAAAAUUAUAAUCAAGACCUAUUCUUGGGAAAUCAGUUGGGUGAGCAGCAAAUAAACCUUCUCUUUCUCAGUUUCCAUGAUUGCUCAUAUUCCUAGCUUCCAUUGCAGGUACAGAUAGAGAUACCUGAUGGGGAAAGAGUGGCAAAUGAUAAAAGAAGCCACAAGGUCCAUCCCUUUUGCAUAUGUCUUGUGACCUCACAAGGACAUAAAAUAGGGACAAAUUAGAGGAUGACUCUGCUUUUUUCCGAUUUUGACAAAAGCAUAUCCUGUUGUCACAACUAAGAUACUUUGUCAUGAAUUCUGUGUAAGAAACUUGUUUAAUAUGCUUCUCAUAUUAAAAUUCAGAAUACAUGUAAUGUGAUUCAAACAAAACAUUAGCAACCUUGAAAAAAAUUGGAAUAGGGAUCCCCAUUAGAAAAAAUUAGAAAACCAGGUUUUUAAAUUAAUUCACUUUUAUGUUUAUAAUGUGUUUUAUCAGGAGUUUAAAUUGAUUAGCUAAUUGUGAUUAAAAUAAGUCACGAUUGUCAUGAUUAAAACUGUGAUUCAGAUAUUUUCUUAUAACAGAUCUCCCAAUAAAGCAUUGGCUUCCUUAGUACCAGUCUGUACCAUUCUAUAAUUCUCUGUUGUGAGAACCUUCUGUAGCACCUACUGUUAUUCUAGAAACGCAACUGCAAAGUGUUCCGAUUAACAUCUCAGAAAAAUGUCCAGCUUUGAUUAGCUUUCCCAGUUAAAGUUGUGAAAAUGCCAAUAAACUGGGAAAUUGAGUAAGAAAAUUACAAUUAGGUUUGAACAACAUUAAAUUCAGUAUUUUACUGAUUUUUUAAAUAAAUGGUUCUAUAAUAUGCAACAGUGCACUGAAAUAUAAUAACUAUUACUUUCCAUACAGUAUAGACUCCAACCUCAGUACAACAGUAACGUUGGCAAAAUGUAUACAUCAAGCAUUUUAUGUUUACAAAAAAAUUAGUGGAGUAAAUAAGGUGUCAGGUUUUUUUUAAUGUUUCACUAUCUGUUACACAAGUAAUUAUGUUAAAAUAAUCAGUAUAUAGUAGGUUACUUUACUUCUUUUUUUAAACAAAGUAUUAAUUACCAAUAUCACUAUUUAGGACAUUUCUGUAUGUAUAGGAUUAAAAAAUUAUGAUCAUGUU